UGCGAUAACGAAACGCCUCUCCGGGUUAGAGCACAUGACAGGUGUAAAAUUCGCCAGGCGGCAAUAGCCAACUCGUUUAAGACAUCGCAAGGGUGAGAGGCGCACUUGAUGUAGAUCUUGGUAUACACGAAUUCAUAUAAAGCAGCGUGUAAAAGUUGAAAUAAGUCGAUCAAGAUGUUGAGACGCUGCUCCAAACACCUGCAGACCAUAUAUCGGCGGCAGGGUCACAGUUUCCGCUUUAGGUCGUCAGAGGUCACCAGGGUCUGCGCCGCCCUACCCAAAGCUACCCUCGCGAAGCCAAGAGUCUUAUCCAGCACCCAAACAGCCUCCUUCCACUUCACAAACACCCUGUUAGCGGAACAGGAUGUGAUGACUCCGAGCUUCCCAGACUCCGUGUCGGAAGGUGACGUCAAGCUUGACAAAAAAGUUGGUGACGCUGUCGCCGCUGACGAGGUCGUGCUUGAAAUCGAAACAGACAAAACCGCUAUCCCGGUCAUGGCGCCGGACAAUGGUAUCAUCAAGGAGUUGUACGUCAAGGAUGGAGAGACGGUGAAGGCUGGGCAGAAACUGUUCAGGCUGGAGAUCACGGGGGCGGCUCCCAAAAAGGCAGCGCCUGCUGCGCCUGAACCUCCCAAGGAAGUGCCACCGCCCCCUCCAGCUGCAGCCGCACCCCCACCACCAGCCGCUGUUCCCCCUCCAUCAGCCGCAGUUCCCCCACCACCGGCCGCCGCCCCACCCCCCCAGCAGGCCCCUCCGAAACCAGCCGCCCCGAUCUCGUCCAUCCCAGUAGCAGCCAUCCGUCACGCACAAGCGAUAGAAACAGCCUCAGUGAAAGUCCCACCAUCAGACUACAGCAAAGAAAUCGUCGGGACCAGAAGCGAACAGCGCGUCAAGAUGAACCGCAUGAGGCUGCGUAUAGCCGAGAGACUGAAGGACGCGCAGAACACGAACGCUCUGCUGACGACGUUCAACGAAAUAGACAUGUCCCAUAUCAUGGCCUUCAGGAAGAAACAUCUGGACGCGUUCACCAAAAAGCACGGAGUGAAGCUGGGUUUGAUGUCGCCCUUCGUCAAGGCGUCCGCUACAGCUCUCAUGGACCAGCCGGUCGUGAACGCCGUGAUCGAAGGAAACGAGAUCAUUUACCGCGACUACGUGGACAUAUCGGUUGCCGUCGCCACGCCCAAGGGUCUGGUGGUGCCUGUCAUAAGGAACGUCCACAACAUGACUUACGCGGACAUCGAGCUGAAUAUAGCUGAGCUGGCUGAAAAGGCGAGGAAAGGCAGGCUGACCAUCGAGGAGAUGGACGGGGGUACCUUCACUAUCAGCAACGGGGGCGUCUUCGGGUCCCUGAUGGGGACGCCCAUCGUGAACCCACCGCAGUCAGCGAUCCUGGGCAUGCACGGCAUCUUCGAGCGUCCCAUCGCUCUGAACGGUCAAGUGGUCAUCAGACCUAUGAUGUACAUAGCUCUAACUUACGACCACAGAUUGAUAGACGGACGCGAGGCCGUCAUGUUCCUUAGGAAGAUCAAAGAGGGGGUGGAGGAUCCCGCCACGAUCAUCGCUGGCUUGUAAGACGACAGCAAAAUUACAGAAAUUUUUUUAAGUUACCGGUUUUUUUUUUUAAAUUUGCAUUUCGAAUUUGGAUGUUUUAUUUUGAGGGUAGUCCCGAAAUCAUGUUCAGUAAACGCACCUCGGCGGAUAUGACGUCACUAUUUAUUGUUAACGUCCGAAUCGUCUCGCAUAUUGUAUUACUAAUCGAUUAUUAAGUAAUUAUAAAUAAAAGUACAUUUCCUUUGACUUUUCAA